AUGGCCGCUGCCAAUAGCACGACAGGUGGGGAGGGGUCUGCCAUGCAGCACAUCUCUGCCAUGGCCAAUGGCGUGCACACGGUCCACGGCCACAUUAUCGAUGUGGGACCUCGGUACGGGCACUUUCGCUUCGUGGGCGAAGGCUCCUAUGGCGUCGUCGUCUCGGCCAAGGACUCCCAGACAGGCCAGCGCGUGGCCAUCAAGAAGAUGCUCCUCAAAGAACAUCUCUCUUUCUCGCGCCGUACCCUCCGCGAGAUCAAGAUCCUAACCCGCCUCGAACACGAGUGCAUCAUCAACGUCAUCGAGCUCAUCGCCGCCAGUGAGCCAGAGUCCAUCCGCGAGGUCUACCUCGUCCUCCGCCUCAUGGAAAUGGACCUUUACAAACUCAUCAAGACCCUUCGCAAGCGUGGUCAACUCAUCCCCCACCAACACACAUCUUACUGGAGCUAUCAAAUUCUCAAGGCCCUCAAAUACCUGCACUCUGCCAACGUCCUCCACCGUGACCUCAAGCCCCAGAACAUCCUAAUCAACAGCAGCACAGACUGCGCGCUCGUCAUCUGCGACUUUGGCCUGGCCCGCGUCGUUGACCCAGACAACCCCGAAAAGCUCUCGGAAUAUGUGGCCACCCGGUGGUAUCGGGCUCCAGAGAUCACCGUGUCCACCGAAUAUUGCGACCAGGCCAUGGACAUCUGGAGUGUGGGCUGCAUCUUGGGCGAGUGCAUCACCGGCCGACCACUUUUCCCCAGCCGCAAUGCGGUUGAUCAUAUGAACCGCGUGCUGGAUCUUGUGGGCUCACCCAGCGAUGACGACCUCACCUGGAUCCCCAAGGAGAGCACGCGCAGCUACCUCAAACGCCUAGACAAAAAAACGCGCGCCGACUUUGCAACCACCUUUCCCGGGGCCACACCCGAGGCUCUUGAAAUGCUCGAAGCUAUCAUGCAGUUUGACCCUCGCAAGCGACCAAGCGCGGACAAGCUGAUCGCCUUUUCCUACUUUCACAACUCUGGUUAUCGUGAUCCCAAUGAGGAGGUGUGA